AUGGAAGAGAAGCAGGAAGGACAGUGUGCGGGUACAUUCCCUCGAUACUGGUACAAUUCGAAACUGAAGCGGUGCGAGAGAUUUAUCUACACUGGUUGCAAAGGCAAUAGGAAUCAAUUUGGAACCGAAGACGAAUGCAAGCGAAUGUGCCUGGAAGGUUAUCAAAGUCCAGUCGGAGAAGUUGGCAAUUUAUCAGCGCUUUUUUCUACAGUUCCCGGGCAUCAGUUGAUUUAUGAGUUUGGUGGAAACGAAAUUAAUGAUGGUGGUCCGCCGGUUGAUUGUGUGAUUUCGGAAUGGACGCCGUGGGGAAAUUGCUCAGCAACGUGCGGGUCAGGAAAAAGGCAACGUUCCAGACAAAUUGAGGUGUUCGCGAGGAAUGGUGGUCGCGCCUGCCCCGAGCAUAUGGUGCAGGAACGACGUUGCGAACUGAGACCUUGUGCAAUCCAAAAGUGCCACAUCAAACCGUGGUCAACGUGGUCAGCGUGUCCAGUGACAUGCGGCGAUGGGCAACAAUUUCGGCGCAGGCGCAUUAUCAGACCUCAUCGCUAUGUGGACGAGGAUGAGGAUCCGGCAUGUAAUGCUCCGGAAAAGGAGCAUCGGCCAUGUCAUGUGAAGUGCUAA